GGCUUCAUCAGUGCUUUAGUGAAGAGACGCUGGGAUUUAGAUUUAACUAGUGCAACUAGAAUACAGCGAUAAUGCCUUCCACUAAGAAGACUCUGCAUUUUAUGUGCAGUGCGCUGGCUACUGCCUUAUCUGUUGGGGUGAUGGGGUACUGCAUGUCAACACAGUGGGCUACAAUGACCAUGGAGUGCACACAAAUUGGAAAUAGCUUCUCCGAUGGAACUGCUGUGAUCACUUUGGAGCUUUUUGUUGGGAUUUUAAACAGAAACUUUUGCCCGUCGUUUGGAGGCCAGGAUUCUUUUCAAGUGAUCCCUAAGUUGGUAGAAACAGGAGUUACCCCUGUAGUUCUGCACGCUUUGGUUUUGUGCCUGUUGGCCCUGUGUCUGCUGUUUUCUGCCUGCAGCAUCCUUAUCUCCCUCUACAACAGUGUCAGCAACCCUUAUGAGACCUACAUGGGGCCUGUUGGCAUCUACGUCUGCAGCGCGCUCAGCGCAUGUUUGUCAGUUGUGGUCCUCAUAAUAUUUGUGGUGAACGUCAGUGUGACCAGCAUGGCAGAGGAUGUGGUAAAGAAGUUUUCCCCAGAUGCGGACCUAAGAAACAAAUCUUCAGAGAUGAAGCUAGGAUAUUACCUGGUCAUCCUUUAUACAUUGCUCUCUCUUCUUGCCAUUGCUUUGAUCUACACGUACGACCAUGCAGCCUACACACACAGGAGAGAACAGCAGAGGCCUACGGAAGAUGCACCCAAGGAGAUAAUGAUGUAUUAGUGGCCU